AUGCGUCAGUCGACAUUAACAUCCGCCGCUGUCGCCCUCUCCACAGUCCUUACUUCUCACAGGAUAACACACGCAUUCUUCGGCGGUUGGGCUGUCAUUGCCAAGGGAGCCGACCGAGAAAGCAAGGACCUCGAUGUUCUAGUCAAGGGCGAGAAGGACGCCAUCGUUGAUCUUUUGACGAACGAUAUCAGAGGACUAAAGGGUGAAGAUGUUGGAUCUUGGAUGGUGAUCCCACAGGCCAGAAAUGAUUACGUUGCUUUCUUCUGGAAGCCAAGCCCGUCUUCCAGCGAGAUGGUUCUUGUUGAGCUUUUCAUUGGUCCAAAGACAAAGAUUCCACCAACUGUUUUGCUCCAAGUUGACUCGGUACACGCUGUGCCAGUCAUUGAUACUCCCGCUCUCUUCCGCGGCAAGCUGGCAGCUUGUGCUUCCCGCUCCAAGCCAAAUGACUGCUCUGAUGUUAUCUUCCUCGCUACUACAUACUCCUCUCAACUCCCAUCCGAUACCAUCAAGAAGAUUGACACUAAAGUCAUCGGAAUGGCUGUCAAGAAAUACCCUGAGCUUAUCGACUCUCUUGAGGGUCUUGGAAUCAGCACCCGCAAAGCUAUCAAGAAGGUCGGAAGCUGUGACUCUCUAUCCUCCAACUCCUCUGGCUUCAGCAUCAGCGGCCGCAUGAAUGAGGGAGAGGUCCAGCGCGGGCUCUUCUGCUAA